UCCCGCGCUGUACAAUUGGUCUCUCUCUUCCUGCGGGUUAGUCAAUAAUUUAUUUUCUCUACUAACCAAAUUCCUCUCUAACAAAACUUUUCGAUAGUACGUUUCUGUUUCUUUUCUGCGCAUUAUGGAAUCUGAACCCUUAAAUUUGGAAAACGAUGCAAUGGAGUUCGAUAUGGGUUCUGCCGAAGAAGAUAACCUCAAUGCUUCUGGUGAGGAUUUAGGACUACAGUGUUCUUCUUCCGACUUAGAACCCUACGAGGGCAUGGAAUUCGAAUCUGAGCAGGCUGCUAGGAUUUUCUACAACUCCUAUGCCCGCAGAGUUGGGUUUGGCACUCGGGUCAGCGCUUAUCGACGUUCACGUCGUGAUAACUCUAUUAGUACCCGCCAAUUGGUAUGUUCCAAAGAGGGUUUUAACCCUAGGCCUGAUAAUGGUGCUCAACACAAACCCAAGCGACAGCGGAUUGUCUCUAGGGUCGGCUGUAAGGCUCACUUGACUGUAAAGAAACAGACUUCUGGUAAGUGGGCUAUUACUAAAUUCAUCAAGGACCAUAAUCAUGAGCUUGUACCCCCUGAUCAAGUCCACUUGAUUCGAUCACAUAGGCAUGUUUCUGGUCCUGCCCGCAGCUUGAUUGAUACGCUCCAAGCUGCUGGUUUGGGCGCUACUGGUGUUAUGUCUGUCCUAAUAAAGCAAUCUGGUGGGGUUAAUAACGUUGGUUUCACAAAAGUUGAUUGCCAGAAUUAUAUGAACCAAAGCAGGCAAAGGACUCUAGGGAGUGGUGCUCACUAUAUUUUUGAGUAUUUGAAGCAGAAGCAGGCUGAGGAUCCUGAUUUCUUUUAUGCUGUUCAAGAUGGUUCAUCGGGAAACAUCUUUUGGGCCGACUCAACCUCUAGAAAGAACUACUCUUAUUUUGGAGAUACAGUUACAUUUGAUACCACCUAUAGGACUCACCGAUACCGGGUGCCCUUUGCACCAUUUAUAGGAGUAAACCAUCAUUGUCAACCUGUUUUAUUUGGCUGUGCCCUGCUUCUCAAUGAAUCAGAGUCAUCAUUCAUUUGGCUAUUCGAAAAUUGGCUUGCUGCAAUGUCUGGUUGCCAUCCUAUUUCUAUAACUUCAGAUCAUGAUAGGAUCAUCAGGUCAGCCAUAUUAGACGUAUUUCCAGGCACUCGUCACCGCUUCUGCAAAUCCAAUAUUUUUAGAGAAGCACAGGAGAGGCUCUCACACUCACUCCAGUCAUUCCCCACUUUUGAAGCAGAAUUCCAUAAAUGUGUCAACUUGACUGAGACAAUUGCGGAGUUUGAAUUAUGUUGGGGAUCCCUACUUGGAAGAUACAAUCUGAUAGAUGAUGAAUGGCUUCAGUCAAUGUACGAUGCUCGACAACACUGGGUUCCAGUUUACCUUCGAGAUACAUUCUUUGGAGAUACAUCUAUUGCUAAAACUAGUGAUAGUACAAACUCAUUCUUCGAUGGAUAUAUAGAUGCAUCGACUAACAUUCACAUCCUAAUGAGUCAGUAUGAAAAAGCUACUGCAAGCAGGCAUGAGAAGGAGGUGAAGGCGGAGUAUGAUACCAUAAAUAUUGCUCCUAUUUUGAAGACCCCAUCUCCCAUGGAAAAACAAGCAGCUAACAUUUAUACUAGGGAAAUAUUUUUGAUGUUCCAACAAGAACUAAUGGAAACUUUGGCUUAUCCUGCAACUGUAAUUAAUGAUGCAGGAUCAGAUGUAAUAUAUCAAGUGGUAAAAUUUGGAGAGGACCAUAAAGUACAUUAUGUCCAAUAUAAUGUCGUUGAGAAGAAAGCUAGCUGUAGUUGCCAAUUGUUUGACUUUUCAGGUAUUCUUUGUAGGCACAUUUUAGCUGUUUUUAGAGUGAAAAAUGUUCUGAGGCUUCUAUCACAUAAUGUACUAAAACGUUGGACAAGAAAAGCCAAGAGUGAUGUUGUAUUGGAUGAAGACAAACUUGGAUUGCCAAGUAGCCAUAACGACUCCUUCACUGAUCGCUUUGAAAAGUUAAGCCUAGAAACAACUAACUACGUCAAAGAAGGAGUGGAUUCGAAAAGUGUGUACCUAGUUGCUAUGGAUGCUUUAUGUGAAGCUUCCAAGAAGGUUGCUGCUGCUAUGUGCGGUACUCCAGCACAGCCACUGAGUCAAGACAUGAACAAAGAAAAGGAAUUCAACUUGAAUGGAAAUCAAACUGAUUGUGAUGAUCCCAGCUUGCUGAGUCAAGAUGAGAAAAUUAAGGAAUUAACGACUGCUAUGGUAUAUGCAACUGAGACCUGUGAAGCUUAUCGAGCAAAAUUGUUGAGUAUCUUGAGAGAAAUGGAGGAGCAGAGGCUGAGAAUAUCUUUGAAGGUGCAGAGUAUGAGGCUUAAUCGAAUAACUUGAGCUAUAGAAGGCACUUCAAAUUCUUUGUAUAUAUACAUAACCAGUGGAGAAACUUGUGACUCCCAAAGUAUCUCGAGCACUUUUUGCCUCUCGGGAUUGCAUGUGUUAUCGU